UCCACGUAAACACCGUCACAUAUCUACAGCUCCUCGGUGCUCAUUCUGACUGCUACCGCCGCGAACAUUUACAGUCUGCCAGCAGAAAGAAAAAUAUUUUUCUCUUCUUUCCGGAGACGCGUAACAAUGUUGCGGUGCGCUUUCGGCCGAGGAUGAAGAGGCUGAAGGCGGCACUGUGGCUCAGCGUCCUGCUCCUGUUGUGUCUUCCCAUCGUUUUGGAGAACGGCAGCACUGCUGGAACUGGAAAGAGCACUAAGCCGAGUUUAGGUCGGACGAAUCAGGGAACCCACGCCUCCAGCACCCUGAAAGAAAAGAUCUUUGCCGCCACCCCGGGAAGAGACCCGGCUCCUCCUCCUCCUCCUGACCCAGAAGACAUCCUUACUUUUGACGAAUGGACAAAGAGCAUGAUGGAGGAGGAGAAUGAAAAAAGUCAGACCACACACACGUCCUACAACGGGGGCUCGGGUGGGGUUAAGAAGGUGCAGAAAACCACAAACUACGCCUCUGUGGAAUGCGGUGCCAAGAUCCUGGCUUCUAAUCCCGAAGCAAAGUAUGAACCUGUGGUUUGCUUUGAGCUGGAACUCAUGUCCUGCUGGGGCGGUUCUAGAAAUUGA